CCUUUCCCCACACUCUGGGAGCUCGCCGAGUUCCCUGGGACUUUAUAAGGGACUACGAUGUCGCUCGACUCCGGUUCCCGCGUCUCUCGUGAAAGAAGUGGCUGGCAAUUGGCUUGAGACGAACGAUCCCAAGACGACGGAGCGGACAGUUUGUUGUUCUUGCAGUGUGUAGCACUAUCUGUCUCUAGUUUACCCAAUCGUUGGCUCUCGUCAGAGACCUCUCCUAUACCCUUCUUCCUCUUCCUUCUCCUCCUCUCCCCUCUUCUCCCUUUUCCCUCCUUCUUUCACAAUGCGUCGAGCAUUCACUCGAAGCAUUACUACCGGUGCUGGCCGAACCUCUAGAGCAUCUCUCACCCGCUCAUCACUCCUCUUCUCAAAGCCUACCAUCAUGGCCUCCUCCGGCUCACCCACCUCCGCCGUCGCGGCGAGGAGGAUACACGCCACGGCGAAGCACCUCAACGCCGCCCUGGACUCGACGGCCGAGUCAUACCCCAACACCCACGAGAAGAUUGCCAAGCCAGAAGACACCCCCUUCUUCCUGGACAACAAGUUCAUGACCUCGGCCGCGACCGACUUCAUCGACCUCCACGACCCGGCCACCAACAACCUCGUCACCCGCGUGCCGCAGAUGACCACCGAGGAGCUGCAGUCGGCUGUGGACUCGGCCGAGAAGGCCUUCCCCAAGUGGCGUGCCAUGAGCGUCCUCGCCCGCCAGCAGAUCAUGUUCAAGUUCGUCGCCCUCAUCCGCGAGAACUGGGACCGUCUGGCGGCGAGCAUCACCCUCGAGCAGGGCAAGACGUUUGCCGACGCCCGGGGUGAUGUCCUCCGUGGUCUGCAGGUUGCCGAGGCCGCCUGCGGUGCGCCUGAGCUCUUGAAGGGCGAGGUGUUGGAGGUCGCCAAGGACAUGGAGACGAGAAGCUACCGCGAGCCAUUGGGUGUCGUGUCUGCCAUCUGCCCCUUUAACUUCCCCGCCAUGAUUCCCCUUUGGUGCAUUCCCAUCGCGACCGUUACCGGCAACACUCUCAUCCUGAAGCCCUCGGAGCGCGACCCCGGCGCGGCCAUGAUCCUCGCCGAGCUUGUCCAAAAGGCCGGAUUCCCCGAGGGCGUCGUCAACGUCGUCCACGGCGCCCACAAGACGGUGGACUUCAUCCUCGAGGACCCUGUCAUCAAGGCCGUCAGCUUCGUCGGCGGUAACAAGGCCGGCGAGUACAUCUUCAACAAGGGCUCCGCCCACGGCAAGCGCGUCCAGGCCAACCUCGGCGCCAAGAACCACGCCGCCGUCCUGCCGGACUGCAACAAGAACCACUUCCUCAACAGCGUCGUCGGCGCUGCCUUUGGCGCCGCCGGCCAGCGCUGCAUGGCCCUCAGCACCCUCGUCCUCGUCGGCGAGACAAAGGAGUGGCUCCCCGAGCUGGCCGAGCUGGCCAAGAAGCUCAAGGUCGACGGCGGCUUCGAGGCCGGCGCCGACCUCGGCCCCGUCAUCUCCCCGCAGAGCAAGCAGCGCAUCGAGAGCCUGAUCCAGAGCGCCGAGGACGAGGGCGCCACCAUCCUCCUCGACGGCCGCGGCUACAAGCCCGCAAAGUACCCCAACGGCAACUGGGUCGCGCCCACCAUCAUCACCAACGUGACGCCCGAGAUGAAGUGCUACACGGAGGAGAUCUUUGGCCCCGUCCUCGUCUGCCUCAACGUCGACACCCUCGACGAGGCCGUUGCGCUCAUCAACAAGAACGAGUACGGCAACGGCACGGCCAUCUUCACCCGCUCCGGCGCCACCGCCGAGGCCUUCCGCCGCAACAUCGAGGCCGGCCAGGUCGGUAUCAACGUGCCCAUCCCUGUCCCUCUGCCCAUGUUCUCCUUCACCGGCAACAAGAAGAGCGUUGCCGCGGGCGGCGCCAACACGUUUUACGGACGUCCCGGUAUCUCCUUCUUGACGCAGCAGAAGACCGUCACGUCCUUCUGGGCGUCUGCCGAUGCGAUUUCGCAAAAGGCUGAUGUGUCGAUGCCUACGCACUCAUAAGUUCUGUGCGUUGAGGUGAGGAAGGGAGUGGUGGGUAUGGUAUGUAGGAGCCUCGAGCCAGGCAGCGUAAAAUGGGUUGUGAUGUGAGAUGUUGAUUGAGCACGUACCGGGAUGAUUGCUAUGGUUUUAUGAUAGUUGAAAACGUCGGCAUGGCAAAAAAUGAUGAGAACUGCAGAGACAGUUCGAGAAGAAUAGCCACACGCAAAAAAAAAAAAAAAAAGAAUCAAACGAAAUUUCAAACAAAUACCAUGGUUCGCACCCAUAUGUAUGUCAUGAUCCUCAGCGAAACUAGACUAAGUCAGUGCCGCUCUGUCAAGUGUUUCCCACCUUGUAGUGGCUCACUUACAAGACCUUGGAGAUCACAUCAUGGGAGCGAUUCCCUACUCUUGCCAUAUCCCAAUAUUCCUUUAUCUGCUGAGAUACUUUCUCACUGGUUUUGAAACAUGGUGGCACCUCCUCAAACCCUUAUGUCGUGAUCUAUUCCCACC